UAUUAGCUAGCAUUAGGAUUUAGGAGGACGAUUGUUUUUUCUGUUUCCAACAUUUUUCUCACAGUUUCUGUCUUUCUGAUAUAUUUCGCUCUCUGCCUCUGUACUCUUUUUUCUCCCGGUAUUCAAUGUAAAUCUUUCCCCUGCAUCUCUCGUACAAACACAUACACAGACUACUCUCUUCUCAUCUUCAUUAUUCCCUCUGCAUAUACUCCUGUCAAAGCCCUAACACACACACACAGACAGAGACAGACAGAGAGAGAGAGGGAGGCUUUGAAUCUGAUCGUCCAUGGAGAGUGAAUUUCAGGGCUGAAGGAAGGAGAGGACGGCUGGUUUCUGGUAGAUGGUCUAAUGGGUGCUGCGGGUUCCAAACUCGAGAAAGCUCUUGGUGAUCAGUUCCCUGAAGGCGAGAGGUACUUCGGACUCGAGAAUUUCGGCAACACUUGCUACUGUAACAGCGUUUUGCAGGCCCUUUAUUUUUGUGUUCCAUUUCGGGAGCAGUUACUAGAAUACUAUUCAAAUAAUAAAAAUCAGGGGGAUGCAGAAGAGAAUCUUUUAACAUGCUUGGCAGACUUAUUCACGCAGAUCAGUUCACAGAAGAAGAAAACAGGUGUCAUUGCUCCAAAGCGUUUUGUUCAGAGAGUGAAGAAACAAAAUGAACUCUUCCGCAGCUACAUGCACCAGGAUGCACAUGAAUUUCUGAACUUUCUGCUAAAUGAACUUGUUGAUAUACUGGAGAAAGAGUCUCAUGCUGCAAGAAGUUCUCCACAAACUUCAUCACCAUCAGAGAAGACUGCAAAUGGGCUAAAGAGUGCUCAGGCUAAUGGUUUUCAAAAGGAGCCGCUAGUAACCUGGGUUCACAAAAAUUUUCAGGGUAUACUGACUAAUGAGACGAGAUGCCUACGAUGUGAGACGGUAACAGCAAGGGAUGAAACUUUUCUGGACUUGAGCCUUGACAUAGAACAGAACAGUUCAAUCACAAGCUGUCUUAAAAAUUUCAGUUCUACAGAGACUUUGAAUGCUGAGGACAAAUUCUUCUGUGACAAGUGCUGCAGUUUGCAGGAAGCACAGAAGCGGAUGAAGAUAAAAAAGCCACCUCACAUCUUGGUUAUCCAUCUGAAACGCUUCAAGUAUAUUGAGCAACUUGGCCGGUACAAGAAACUAUCUUACCGUGUUGUGUUUCCAUUAGAACUGAAACUGAGUAAUACCGUGGAAGAAGCAGAUUCUGAGUAUUCACUAUUUGCGGUUGUUGUCCAUGUUGGAAGUGGACCAAACCAUGGGCAUUAUGUCAGCCUUGUGAAGAGCCACAACCACUGGUUAUUCUUUGAUGAUGAGAAUGUGGAGAUGAUGGAUGAGUCUGCUGUUCAAACGUUCUUUGGGUCAGCACAGGAGUAUUCUAGUAACACAGAUCAUGGGUACAUCCUGUUCUACGAGAGCCAAGCUGCUGUUACUAUCAAGAGUUGAGGGGAUUAUUUUUAUGGUGAGCUUUUCAGUUAUGGGUAGCAUGUAUAUGCUAUCCUUUUUAAAUCAUUUCUUGUUUUCACAGUUUUCUCCAUUUCCCCUUUUAUAUAACCUGUGGGAAGAGCUCUCGGAUAUCAGUGAGAUGAGAUGACAUGUUGAAGUAAUAUUCAGGUGGCUGCCAUGUACAGUGGACGGUGGAAGCACACUGUCCUUUGGUGCGUUUUGACAAUAACAAAGUGUAAAUGAUGAAUGAGACGGUCUGUAUUCUUCACUGUCGAGAAUAUUUGAUUUAUAAUAGAAUUAUAGAAAUGCAUUGUAGUUGUA